AUGGAAGUGGGUAGGUGUAGGCAUUUUGAAGGUGACGAGAAUUUAGAGAGAGGUUAUCAAUUCAUUGUGGUUAUGUGGUUUUGGGUGAGGAUAGAUGUGCUUGGCUGUUCGAGUGAUAGUGUGGAGGGGGAAGAGAUGAGGUUAUCGAUACAAAUGGAGUGGGUUUACGUGAUGGAGGUUAUCAACAAGGUGGUGGAUAUGAUCGAAAUAGAGGCUAUUGGCGAUGGUGAAAGUGAAGAGGUGGUUAGAAAGGUUUUAU